CAUGCCGAACAUUAAGCUCUACACAGCGAAACUCAGCCCACCGGGACGCGCCGUUGAGUUGACGGCCAAGUUGCUAGGACUCGAGCUAGACAUCAUACCAAUCAAUCUGCUGGCUGGCGAUCAUCGUAAGGAUGCAUUUUUGAAGAUGAACCCACAGCAUACGAUCCCGGUAAUCGAUGAUGAGGGUGUGAUUGUGCGUGAUAGUCAUGCGAUCAUCAUCUAUCUGGUGCUUAAGUACGGUACCGAUCACGCCCUCUAUCCGGAUGAUCCUGUCACGCGGGCCAAAGUAAACGCCGGUCUUCACUUUGACUCGGGCGUGUUGUUCUCGAGGUUGAGAUUUUAUUUCGAACCGAUUUUGUACGAAGGAUCUUCGGAUGUGCCGCAGCACAAGAUCGAGUACAUGCAGAAGGGCUACGAACUGCUAAAUGAUGCACUGGUAGACGAUUACAUGGUGGGGAAUACGCUGACGCUGGCCGAUAUUAGCUGUAUCGCAACGAUAGCGACGAUGGAAGAGUUUUUCCCGAUGGAUCGUAGCAAGUAUCCGGCACUGGUGGGUUGGAUUGAACGGUUGAGUCGUACCUUGCCAGAGUACGAGCAGCUUAACCAGCAGGGGGCGGUCGAGUUUGCCGAAAUUUGUGAAUCGUUGAGACUUAAAAAUGCGAUCAAAGCUCAGUUCAAUGCCUUGAUGGUGAGUUCGGCCGCACGGCCAGCGGGACUAAUGAUGUGCGUGUAUAGGACCGGCUUGCUAGACAUCUCGUACGAAACUGACGGCCCCGAACUCGUAUCCAAGAUGGAGUCACCAAGCAUGGUACUGUAUUACGACGAGGUUAGCCCGCCAGUACGUGGCGUCCUACUGGCGAUUGCUGCACUGGGUGUGAGGGAUCGGAUCAAGUUUGAGUACAUCAAUCUUUUCGGUGCAGGACAUCUGAGUGCUGACUAUAUAAAGAUUAAUCCACUGCAUACGAUUCCCGUACUUCGUCAUGGUGAGUUGACGCUUAUCGAUAGUCACGCUAUUUUGAUGUAUCUGUGUGACACGUUUGCACCGACCGAUAGUCCGUUUGCCAUACAAGACACGCUGGCAAGAGCGAAAGUGUUCAAUAUGCUGUGCUUCAACAACGGUCAUCUGUUCCAACGUGACGCAGAGGUUAUGCGUAAAAUCUUCAGCGGUGAUAUUACCGAUCCAACAGGCCAUCUCAAACCGAUCGAGGACACGAUCGAUGCGUUGGAACACUUCUUAAAGCAGUCUCGCUAUACCGCACUUGAUCGUCUUUCGGUGGCAGACUUCGCCAUAGUCGGUACGCUCAGCACACUGGAUCUCUUGGUACCGAUUAAAGGCGACCGAUGGCCGCGCGUUAGCGAGUGGUACAAGGAGAUGCAAUCACUUCCCUACUACAACGAACACAACCGUGUUGGGUUGGACAAGUUGCGCGAAAAACUAAGCACCAGGAUUAAGAUCUAG